CAGUACAGAUCCAGCGGUUAGCGGAGGCAGACGUCACGGAAGAUAAACGGUUUAGGCGACAAACAUCGGACCGAGCGAACUUUUUCUGGACUAAAGACGGACGCAGGACCAGAGAAGACCCGCAGCACCGCCCCUGAAGCCAUUAAAACGGUUACAUUUCCGUGCGGCGCAGUUUUAUCUUCUUGUUUCUGAUUUAAACGAGCUGCGAAGUGAGAAGACAGCCAUGAUUUUCUCCCUGUGCCUCGUGUUGAUGUUCUCCGUCUCCGUCCUCUCCGAGUCGAUGAGGGAGACUGAGACAUGGAUGCCCAUGAGCACCACACAGAUGGUUGCCAUGUCGACGGAUGGCGACGACCUGGAGGCGUCAGGAGACUCUUCAAACGGCUCUGACUUUGGCUUCUCGGAUGAUGAAGAUGAUGAUUACAAUAAUGAAUAUGAUGUAUCCGGGUCGGGAGAAGGAGAAACCGAGUCCACGGGAAGACAUUCCAGACCUUCAGUUAAGCCCGACAUCAACGAUAACAGGAUCCCUGACCAGCAGCUUCCAGUCCGACCAACCAUCAAUGACAUCGACAACGUCAAGAACAAAAAUGAAAUUCCUCCGCUGGGGAACACGCCUGGAUCCAAGGAGGAGAACCCGUCCAAUGUCCUGAUGUCCCAGGCCACAGACAACAGCAUCUUGAACAAGACGGAGGUUCUCGCAGCUGUGAUUGCGGGCUGCGCCGUCUGCCUGAUGUUCGCCGUUCUGCUCAUCCUACUCCUCAUCUAUCGCAUGAAGAAGAAGGACGAGGGCAGCUACGAUCUGGGGAAGAAGCCCAUCUACAAGAAGGCCCCCACCACAGAGAUCUACGCCUAGACCUUCAGUCCCUCCUCCAUCCUCCAUGACCUCACAUACACACAAACACACACACCUCAGCUUUGUACAAACCCAUCAGGGCUGACGGGCGGCCCUGCAGUGCCUCAUCUUCAUCACCUCGUGUUCUUCAGCAGAGUGACGUUGGAUAAAUCAAAUCCCCAACAACACAAUCGAUUGACUGGCUCCUCCUCCUGGUGUUUACGACUAUUACUGACCAAUCAGAGGCUGAGUUUCCUGGAGCAGGAGCAGCAGGAUUGGACUGUUUCCGCUGCGGUACGCCGUGUUUUUCCGGAUCUGUCCUCAAGUUGAAAGGAAAACAACAGAAUGGACUCUUCCUGCUUUAUUCCCGUUAAACACUAACAGAGAUGUUAUUUAUUCCUCAGUCUGCAGCUUCUGUUCACCGUUUAAUUUUUAUAAUGCGAAAAGAUUUUCAGACUGCUUUUAUUUUGAAGAGGCCUGUAGCCAUUAGAUUUGUUGUUAUAGAUCACAAUCAUGUCAAUAUUUGUAAUUUAUGUGCUGGAAUCCCAGAGGCAGGCCUGCUUUUAGUUCCUGCAGUCUUCUGUUAAGGAUUGUAUUAAAACAAGCUUCCGAUUCCUUCGGCGCCGUUUCCCUUCCUCCUCGGGUUGAAAAAGCCCAGCGAUCCGGCACAUAACAGCAGUUCAGCUCGAGCCGAUCAGGAAUCCGGGGAAUGGCGUGGAGCAAACGGUCUGCUUCGGGUCACACCAGGAAAACGGUGCCUCCGCUGCUGGGAAGGAGAGCAGAAUCCUUAGGAUGUUUAGGAAUGAUCACCGCAGUGCCUCGAGUUUCAGAAAAAAUGUUCAACAGUUUUUAGUUCAGCAGAAAUGCAUUUUAAAAUGAAAAGGCUUCAACUCCUGAGGACUUUUAGGAUUAAUUCUCAACUAAAUUUCCAUCAACAUGGUGCAAAGUUUUCACUCAUUGCUGGAAAUAAAUCCCCCUUUUCUUACGGAGAACUUCAAAAUCAGUUGGAUGAGAGGUCAAAGGUCCAGGAUUCCACUUUGACCUUUUGUGUUUUUGUGCAGAUUAAACAUAUUUUCUGUUGUCAGAUCAGCCAGUCCAGCCCUAGAAUAACUGCACAUGUUGCAUUCUGGGUAAUGAUCCUGUUCUUUAACCUCGUUACGAUUGGGAGAACUUAACUUUAGUCAUGCUGGAGAUUCUGGAAAACAUUUCCGUCUCGUUUUGGUUCUGUUGUUUCUUUCAUGAGAGCUUCGAUACUUUCCUUGAUAAGCUACACUGACUGUUUUUCUCUGAUCAGCCUGAGGAUCGACGAGCAAAUCUGAUGCCGAAAUAAAUGAAAAAAGGUCGGAAGCUCACAUUUCUCAGCCGGAGACGGCCGGACCCAGACUGAUCCGAUCUGUAAAUAGUCCUUCAGUAAAAACGUAUCUAAAGAUUGGUACUUUGGCCGCUUCCUGGCAGCAGAAAUAUCUACCAAAUAUUUAAAUGCCAAAUAGUUUGUUUCCCACGGUAACGCUCAUGUGAUCGACUGUAAAUGUAAAGUUUUGAUACUAACUCUCCUCCUCAUUGUUUUUAUUUUCCUUCAUUAGAUCAACUUUUUAAUUUAACUGUCAAAUAAUUUUAUUGCCUUCCUUCAGGUUCGGGUGUUUGGCCCUUUAAGCUGUUGUACAUGUGAUUUUCAAAGUUUUAUACACUAGUUUGAUUUUCAGAGACCUAGUUUUGAAACGUUUUAUUUUGUAAGAAUUUCUUGUAUCUUUUAGACUUUUUUGCUUUCAUAUUUAUGUUUUUUGCUGUUUUUAUUUGUAGAAGGAGUGAUCAUGUGGUUCAUCUCCAUAUUCAGGGGAUGUUGUGCUAUGAGCCAUGUUGACACCAGCAGACCUGGGCCUGAUCUUUUACUGUUCUGGCUUUGUUAGUGGAAUAAAAUGCAGUAAUCAUACCUGGGAAGUUCUGGUUCCUUGGUGUUAGUUCAAGACUUCUGCUUUCCAGGAAAUGAUCAUGAACGUCCUGAUAGACUCGUACGAGCUGACCUCGACGUCAGUCGCAGGAGGGGAUCUGAGAUUAGGGGUUGGAAAAAACAAAAUUCCCUGUCAUCCCCAGGUCUGGUCGGUCAACAUGGAGAGAAUGUUCUGCUGCUUAAUGUCAAACACCAGUGGAGCGAAGAAGCCAAUGAAUCAUUGGUUUCUACAUGCAGAUUCUGAUUUCUUAUUGGAAAUAAAGCUAUUUUUAUGCACAGUUUAAA